UUAUGCACAACAUGUUUAGUUAAAAAUAAUUAAAUAUUUGAAAUAUAGAACAGUUACAUUUUCUUGAGAAACAAUAAUUUUACUUUCUUUCAACAGCUGUGAAAAUGCCGCUCUUUAAAAUAAUCGAUGCUACUCCUACUAGAAAGGGUACAAUUCGAGCGUCUAAUUUAGAUGAAAUUAUAAAUCAAGCAAAAGAAAAAUUGAGUCUUCUUGUCGGCGAAAAUUAUAAGAUUGUAGAAGAAGAAGACGGAUCGGAAAUUUUUGACGCCGAAGACUUAUUAGAAAGAGCUGAGCAAUGUCUAGGAAAAAAAGAGAACUUAAAAUUAAUGAUAGUACCAACAAACGCGGAUUGGAAUCAAAAUGACAUUAUCAUGGACAACUUUGUGGAAGAAAAUAUUAGUAAGAAUGUGAAAAACAAUAGAAUAUUAUGCGAUACAAGUUCUAAAGGAUACAUCUCGUCGUACAGCAUAUUUAAUAGCUUCAAUGCUUGUUAAGAAUUAUCCGCAAUUGGCGGAUACUGUUAAAGGCACAAGAAUCGGUAAAGGACAUGAGUCUUUGGGAAUGCAAAUUUAUAACACAAUUAAUUGUCGAAAGGAUGUCAAGAGCAAAAAGAGGAAAGCAUCAGGUCCACAUCCGCUGUUUGAAAUGGAAGAACUGUCAGAAGAAAAUUCUAAAAUUUCACGGAGACAAGAUAACUAUGCAUG